CAAUUUUUGAGAAUAUCAUGUUCAUUACUUUAUCUUCUUUCUUGUUGCAUUUUACUGUGAUGUGCUAAUGUUGAACGUGGUAGCUUUUAUGUCGCAUUGUAAUACUGUAUCAUGUUUUGAAGACUUCUAUUUGUUAGUAUCUAUUCACCAUUUUGCAUUGCCCUCAUUAUGGGACCAUCGGCUUCAGGCUAUUUCUUUGUAAUAUCAUAACCUUGAAAUGGUGACUGAAUUUGAGAGAUAACGCCUAUUAUAGCAAGAAAUGAAUUAAUGAUCUCCUGGUUUCUCUAAUCAAAAUACCUGAGAUUUUUAUCGACAUAUCUCAAUAUUUAUUGAACUUAGUCUCAAAUUCUUAUUCGGUAUCAAUGUAUACACCAGCGUAUAGUUUUACAACUUAACUCAUGUUAUUUAUAUUAUUAGACCAUAUAGCGUCGAAUAUAGCAUAUCGAAGUACUUCACCUGCACCCAGUUCAAACAGCUUAAAAUUGUCUAAUCAUCAUCCACAUCACGGUUCAAUAAGUAAAGUUUUAGCUACUGGUAAAUGUGAACGAAACAAUUCUAUAAAUAACAGACAUCGUUUGUGUGGUUCACAAAAUCUGGAAACGAAAUUUAGGCUUUCGUCUACUAUUCAGAGAAAUGAUGGUUCGAAUGUGUCUAAUCAUCGUAGUAAAAGUCAACCAAAUGAUGUACAGCAUCAAUUUGACCAGUUUCAGGAUGAAGUUAGGCAACAAUUACGUGAUAUUCGACGUGAAUGUGAUUCCCUUAAGGAAAUGCAUUUACAACUUCGAAAUGAUUGGAUAAAAGGACAGAAGUGUUUAACUGAACGUUUUCAAACUCUUAUGGACGAAUUAGAUGAAAUUAAAAAGUUGAGAGCAAAUGAUGCUGUGGAAUUGUCGAGAUUUCGUACAAUUCUAAUGCAACUGGAUGCUAAUUCACUUAUCAAUUCACAGAAUCAUAUAAGUCUUUGUGAUACCGGUGGCGAGGAUAAAUUUUGUACUGGUACAGACUUUCUAGAAACUUUAGGUACAAAACCGAAUCAAAGAAGUGUAAAUUUCAAAGCAAUAACUUCUCACGAAGAUGAAGAAGAUCACCAUAGUGAUCAAAAUGAUAAUAUUUGUUCAUCCGAUAAUAAAAUGUCAUUGAGUACGCAGAUAGCUGGACAAAAGUCAUCUGGCAAACCGUCACUUCGACCAAGGCCUGUACCGGCGUAUGGAGUAACCGGUAGUAUUCGUAGUUGAAAUUCCUCUCCGCAUUUCUUG